AUGGCCAAUGAAAUUGUUGGAGCCCAGUCAUUAGAUGAUUAUCACUUAUCAUUUGAUUCGUUUCAUUCAGGUGAAACUCCUAAAACAGCAUCGGACGCUACCAAGUUCUUUCCAAUUGAUGCAAAUGAAGUUCUAAAUACUCCUACCGCUAUAUCAAAAACAUCUGGUUCCGGAGGAUUAUUUUUUGCUGAUGAUUUUCACAAGCGCCUACAUGUUCUCAAUCCAAGUGAGGAUCAAACGACGGAAACUGUCGGAUUGGAACAUUUGAAUAAAAUAAAUAACGUUGAUAAUUCUUCCGUUGACCAUUCUGAUUCACAAGUCUUACCAACAGGAAAUUUAUUUGUCUCUCGGUUAGAAUUUAACCAACAGUCAUGUCCAACAUCACAUUCUGAAGUCAAAGCAACAAAUAUCUCAUCUGUAUUGUAUUUAAACCGUCUUUCCCCUGACAGUACUACAGCAAAAGUGGAUUCUCUGCCUGCCUCAUUAAAAUUGGAAUCUGGUAUUAAUAUUUCAACAUCAUUUCCGUCGGUGAUUACGAAGAACGAUGAAGGUGCUACAGUCGAACUUAGUGAUUUACCACUGUUGGCAAAUGCUCUGCCUGGUGUGGAGAACGUAACUAUGAAUGAUGCCCAAACAGCUGUCUCUCAACCCACCUACCUGUCAGCCAGAUCUACCAUCACAACUACUAGCCUCCCGACAAUGACCAAUGCUGUUGUUCUCAGUAAUGUUGGGUUUACACAGAAUCCCUGUUUAUCUGUUACAGAAGAAACCAAUCCAGUUACAGCAAUAGCUUUUUCAGCUAGAAAUCAACCUCCUUUUAUUCCUUCUCCACUUGUUUUAGGAAAUGGUCUGACACUAACUACCCUGCUGUCAGCUGAAAACAGUAGUGGUCUUUUAACGCCUACAACUCCCAAUACUGCUUUGUUGCCCCUUUUACCUUCUCCUGGUCCUGGAGGUUUGUAUGCUCCUAGUAUUCUGUCUGGCCUGUGUUCUUCACCAGUUAAUCCAUCUGGGACAUUGUCUUUCUUAUCACCUGUUCCUGGUCUUUUAGCAAAUAAUAAUAUUGAAGCAGCCAAUAUUUCAGUUAGUGGAAGUUUUACGCAAACUUCAACAACAAUAGAUACUACUAUGGUUAAACAAGAACAAACCUGCUUUACUAAUUCGAUAACAACAUCUGAUCAUGAUCUUGAUACUCUGAACAAGCCUCUUCUAAAUAAUCCUUCUGACUGUGCACCUGAUACAACAGUUGUCACAGAAGAUGAUGUGGCUAGUAACGAGUACUUAUCUAGCUCUACUGUGAAAGGCGUCGGUGCGUCAAGAAGACGCAAAACCUCUACUCGUAAUAAAACUCGAAUGAUUAAAGCAGAAACUGCAGCUGGUUCUGAAUAUGAAGCUCAUACAGGAAUAACAUCCAGUGUACCCGAAAGAAUAUCGGAGAAGCCCCACAAAUGCCUGUCAUGUAACAAAUGCUUUUCUCGCUCCGAUGAACUUACAAGGCAUGCGCGGAUCCACACUGGUGCAAAACCUUUCAAGUGUGUUGAAUGCCAAAGGGAGUUUUCACGUUCAGACCAUCUAACUACGCAUAUGCGGACACAUACCGGUGAGCGACCCUUCGUUUGCGAAAUAUGUGGUCGUAGUUUCGCACGCUCUGAUGAACGUAAACGUCAUUCAAAAGUACAUCAAAAGAGUAAUCAAAAGCUUCCAAAUGGUGACUCUAAACUCAGUGUAUCCAAAACUUCUAGCUCUAAAAUAAACACUGGUGGGAAACGAGGUUUUCCACAAGCAAUGAAAAAUCACGACAGUGUUAGAAACCCGCGCAAAUUAAAGCCAGAUGAACUGCUUGACAACUCUUUUCAAUCCAACCGCCUGACUGUAGAGAAAGUAAGUGUACUUAGUGAUGGGACCAGUAUUAAUCAACCUGUUCCUGAACAGCGUUUACUUCUUGCAGCUUGCGACUCCUAUCCCGGACAGGUUACUUUCCAUGCUUUUCCUAGUAUGACAGGUCUCAGUGGUUCUGGUGUGAUAUCACCACACUCACAAUUAGUCUUUGCGGCUCUGCCUUCAAUGUCACUUUCUGCGGUUCCAAUUUUGAAUCAAGUUAACACCGAAUUCGCGAAUACUUUUAACUUUGCUACUGGAACUUUUACUGCGCAACCUCACGGCCACUUUCUAGCAAUGUCCUCUACUCCACUAUCUGGAUGUGUACCUAAUUCUUCAGCGGAAAGUAAUAUGGCAGCGUUACAGAACCCAACAGUUUCAUCAUCACCCAGUUUUACUGUGUUUUCCACAAUCCCGUCACAUACUCAGAAUGAAAUGAGUACAGAAUGCAUGCAGGGAACUACUGCUGGUAACGUUAUAUCAUCUUGCAUUACAACACCGACUAUACCGAGUUGUUACACUAUUCGCGCUUCUUUUAUACCGCAAUCAGUUCAAACAUAUCCUCCAGGAUUGCAGCAUUCCCAAAAUUCACCGUAUUUUACUGCUAUAGCAUGCUCUCCAGAUGGGUUAAAUGCUAACCAGGCUGGUGCAUUUUUCUCUCCUAUGAUUGCUGCAACUCCAAACACAACUAUUUCAGGUACUGAUCUUCCCACCAAUUUCCAUCCUACCCAAGUAAAUAUCCAACCAGAAUUUGUUACUACAGCUGAUGGUAUAUCUCCAACCAGUUUACUUGCAGCUACUCCAGCUUGUAUUUUUAUUACCCCCAAUUCUUAA